AUGAAUUAUGAAAAUUAUGAAAAAUGGAUCAAGAAUCAACUCGUUCCAAAUUUGCCAGCAAAUUCAGUCGUUGUUGUAGAUAAUGCUUCUUAUCACAACAAACAAGAAGAUCCUGCACCUACCUCAAACUCAAGAAAAGCAGACAUGCAAUCAUGGCUUCGUGAAAAAAAUAUUGAAUUUGAGGAAACAAUGCUGAAGCCACAACUAUACAAGUUAAUUGCGAAGAAUAAAGAACGCUUCAAAAAAUUUAACAUCGAUAAAAUAUUGAAAGAGAAUAACCACUUAGUUUUACGCCUCCCCCCUUACCACCCCGAUUUAAACCCCAUCGAGAUGGCAUGGGCAGCAAUAAAACAAUACGUCGCAAAAAAAAACGUUAACAGGAACGUAAAUUCAGUCAUGGAAUUGGUCCAGCAAAAAGUUAACGAAAUGGGGGAAAAUGAAUGGGGGGCAUUGUGCCGAAAAGUGAUCAAGAUAGAGGAAGAGUACAAAAAAAGUGACGUUGUCGUUGAUAGAUUGACGGACGAAUUUAUAAUCCAUGUCAGCGACGAUGAAUCAGAUACCGAGUCUGAGGAGGAAUCAGAUUCCAGCGAAGACGAAGGAAGUGAUGUUUCCAUGGAAGCUCCUUCCACAAGCAAAGACGUUUUUAUGGAAGGGAUACAGCCCUUAACUUAA